AUGUUUGGCCGCGGUUUUUUCGGCAGUGAAUCUCGUUCCAAUGACCUAACCACUCGCCUCACUGUCCACUUUGGCUCCGCCAUGAUCGACACCACAGUCACCCGCGACGCCGCGGUCGCCGACGAGUGGGUGCGCACAGUCCGCGCCGCCAACCCGCGUGGCGCCCCUCUCAUCGUUGGCCUCGACUGCGAGUGGAAGCCCAACUACCGUAGCUGGACGACCUCCAAGGUGGCCAUCCUCCAGCUCUGCGCCGGCGACCGCUGUCUUGUCCUUCAGCUCUUCUACGUCGACCGCAUCCCGGCGUCCAUCCGGAGCUUCCUCGCCGAUCCCGACGUGUUCUUCGUCGGCAUCGGCGUCGGCGAGGACGCGGCGAAGCUGGCCACCGAUUACGGCCUCACGUGCGCGUCGCCCGUUGAGUUGGAAAGCCGCUGCAAUGACUACCUGGGAUACUACACUGGAGGGCCGAGGCUGGGGCUCAAGGGCUACGCAAGGGAGGUGCUGGGGCUGGUCAUGGAGAAGCCACGGGGUGUCACCAUGAGCAACUGGGAGAAGCAUGACCUCGAGGAUGCCCAGAUCCGCUAUGCAUGUAUCGAUGCGUACGUGUCUUACAAGCUCGGAGAGAAGGUCUUGGUCUUGACCGAUUGAAUUGCAUGCUGGAACGUCUUCAACCCCGUGCUCGUCGGAUUGUUCGUCAUCUGGCGAUUAUCUUAGCA